AUGAAGGUCCUAACCGCGCUCGCUUUUUUUUUCGUCGAUAUCUCUGCGGCAUCAGCGGUGAACAGCACGCCUAUCGAACAGACACUGCAGCAACUUCAGCGAGGCAAUCAGGUAUUGGAUCUUGUGCUCCAAUACGGGUUUUCUCCAAAGCAAAUCUCAGACCAGGCAAAAGCGCAAGUUAACGAUGCCGUCUUUGCAAUAAGAAGUGCUGUGGAAGAAGCAGCACGUGCUGUGCAUUAUGCAAAUACUAGCCUUAGGAUGGACGCGAAUGACCUUGAAAUCGCAAGGCGCAAUCUCGGAUGGGCAGCAGAGAUCCUCGAAUCUGAUAGGCACCACUAUUAG